AAUGAUGCGUGUUUUUCUUUUUAUGUGUUUCUACAUAACCUUGGGGUAUAGUUUGCCUCUAGAAAAUGAAGUCAAGUCAGAUGUCUUACAAGUACAAAAUAGUAGAAUUAUUAAUGGAGAAAAUGCUACUUUAGGACAAUUUCCCUGGCAUGCUGCUUUAUUCUUAAUGAUUAGCGAAACGGUUUGGACUUGUGGUGGUAGCAUAAUUAGUAAAGAUUGGAUUCUGACCGCUGCGCAAUGCCUACAACACGUCGACGUAGCAUUCAUUUAUGUAGGAACUGUCAAUUUGAAUCCACCACCUGAAAGAAUUGUAUCAAGGGAAUUUAUUGUACACGAGGAAUUCAGCUUAAUCACUCUAGCAAACGAUAUUGGUCUCAUAAAGCUCAGCACCGCACUGAGUUUCAGUGAUACUAUCGCCCCAAUUGCUCUCCCUUCUGAACCAUUGGAGGGUGGGGAAGAGGUUACAGUUAGUGGAUUUGGUGCAACUUCCGAUGAUGCGGAUGAUAGUGACAUUUUAAAAUAUAUCACAGCGACAACUAUGACAAACAGUGAAUGUGCGGUAAUUUAUGUAGAUGCCAUCCUUGAAGGGAUGGUGUGUACUUCAGCAGGAAGUGAUCCGUUUAAAAGUACUUGUUUUGGUGAUAGUGGAGGUCCUGCCGUCCUUAAUGCCGAUACGGAUCCAUUACAAGUUGGUAUUUCUAGCUUCUUUGGAGACUCGGGGUGCGAAAAAGGAUAUCCUUUUGGGUUUACAAGAACAGCUUAUUAUAGAGAUUGGAUAAAAGAGAAAACUGGUGUAUAAUUUAGUUAGCUGUUUUUGUUAAUAAAAAUAUAUAACAAUAAUUAAGGUUAAGAAGGUUAA